AUUCGAGUACCCUUUCAAGAUCUCAACUCUCUCGGAACAUCACACAUUUACGAUGCUGUCGCUUUCUUUAUAGCAAUGCUUGGCUGCCUUUCCAAGGGGCUUAACACUUAACCACUCUUCUUUCUUCCACUGUGCCGCCCACCUUACCUUAUAUAACCCUGCCUUAAUCCGUCUUACUCCUCAACUGUACCACUGCUAUUCAGGCGUCGCUAUAAUUAUCACGGAACACUCCGCAUAUCUCCCCAUAUAAACACCAUAACGAUCGCAUAAACUUACGAAACGCAUGAACGAACUUUCGACACGUUAACCCGAGCUUCAAGAUGCCACCCAAGUCUCUGUUGGAACUUGCCACUGCGGCAUGCAUCAAAAACAUCCGCGAACUCGACAGUGUUGGCGACUAUCUUCCUUAUAAAGCCGUCCGCCUCCUUCUCCUCAAGAUCGAUAACGCGAAACAACUACGAACUAUCGAACUGAACUCGCCUCAAAUCCAGGGCGAGACAGGUGAGGUAUGGCUGAAGCUUAUCAAGCAUGAGUUUCCUAUGGAAGUCAAGCAAAAGGCAUAUAAACCACCAAACCCAACUAAAUGGUAUCGCGUCUAUGAGAAAUACAAGUCAGAUCACCAGAAGGCCCUCUUGGAAAGUGAGGCGAAGCUCAAGAAUGCUCUCAUGGGACUCAAGGAGGACAAGGAGAAGAACACCAGCAAGAUUGUCGAUGACAGAAGACUUCUGCCCCGAGGAGGCAGAGUCGGUCCAAAGAAGGCUUGGGGAUUUGGUGCGCGAGACCCCAAUGGCAGCACGCUCGCUUUCAACAGGGGAAGCCGUACCAAGACUCACAAUGGUGCAAGCGUCAUGCGCAAAGUACGACGAGAGACGAAGGAGAUUGCCAGUAUCCACGGCGCAUUGUCAAGGCCAACACAAGCAUCAAAUGCUAUCACAAAACUCCGCAAGGCGCCUGCAGCUAUGGUGAACGACUAUCAGAGAGCCGCCAAGCCAACAAUCCGACCUCCGCCCCCUCCUCCACCGAAGCCAACAGUCUCUGAUGUAGUUGAAACCCAUGAGGCACGGGCGCAAUACAUCUCGGACUCUGAUUCUGAAGAUGGGGAUGAUCUGUUUGACGAUGAACAGCCGGUACCCCGUCGAAAGGCUUCGUCUCAGGUAUCUUCGUCUCCUCUGAAGAAGCCUGCUGCUGGCCACAGCGACUCUACAAGCAAGGUCAAACGCACUGGUCUUCUAUCCAACAGCUAUAAAGGUCCUAAGCCUCAAACUGCAACAUCUUCACGGCCCAGAGUGACCGUUUCAGCUGGAAAGUCGCUAUCUCCUACCCCUCAACAGAAACAAAUAUCUCUUUCUCCCGAGCCAGCCGAACAGUCUUCACCUACACGUCUCACAAAUACACGACCUAAUCUGGGCAUCGGACCACGCAAGCGCAAGGCUACGGAUGUCUUCAUGAAGCCUAAGAAAAGAGCUUGAGAUCCAAACAAACAAUUCUUUAUAUAUAUAUAUAUAUGUUUGACACGGUUUGUCGGGAGGUUUAUUUGAGGGGCAAUUUCCAACCCCAUUGCAUUACAGGAGUACAGUGUAUAACGGGCCAUAGCAAGGGAACCAAACGGCGAUAAGCGAGUGACAACAAUGAUAACGGACUAAUAGUCCAUAAAUCGUGUAAUUAGAUUAGGAAUAGAAUGGAAUAUCGAGGUUGGCGCAUAUACCAAUUUGUGAUGUGUAUGAUAGCAAUAAGACGACAAGCGAAAUAU